CCAAGUUUUACUUAUUUAAUACGUUUCAUAUUCGCCCUUUGUUGACCUUCUUGUGCAACUGCCACUCGAGUGUUCGUUGAUAAGUAAUUUUUCGGAUUUCCUUCUGCCGCCGUUUUUACGCCUUUUAUUUCAAUAGAUAAAACAUAUCAAAUGAACAAAUUGAACAUCUUGAUAAUAUUUAACUUUCGCUUCUUGACAACGUUCAGAAGAGGUUAGGAAAUGUUUUAAUCCAAUUGCAAUGUGACAUUACCCAUUUUGUCAGGUGUAAUACUGAAACAUAAAUUAAUGAUUGUUUAAUAAGUAUCUUUCUUUUUACAUUGUACUUGUGCGGGAUUGUAGCUUAUCACGUAAUUCAUAGAAUCUUCCAGUGAGAAAGUUAGUUAAAGUUGAAAAGUGCAAUUGGUGUAUCAAGGCGGCUUAAGUGAAGUUCCAGAUCCAAACAGAUGUGAUGCAAUAUUUGCACCAAAAAUGGAAGACGCAUCUCGGCGAUAUAGAAAGCGCAGUUAUUAUAAUCGAAUUUUAUCAAAUGAACAGACAGAUUGUGAAGAACAUUCAGAAAAUUCAAAAAAAGUGAAGGAGACAAAUGGAAAAAGGAAAACUGAACAGUUGGACGCAAUAGGAAGUGGAAAUAGUUUUAAUCGAAUAACUAACUUAUCCGGAAAUAACAUUUUUGCCAAAUUAACGGCCGGGUUGGAAAUUAAACCUUGUUGGUACAACUCUGAUAUCAAUAAUAACAACUCUCAUACGCUUAUACAAAGCACCACUUGUGAUUAUAGGAAUAAGUCAAGAUGCUCGAAUCGUUUCAUAGAUGAUGUCGUAUUGAAUACAUCGGAUUUCCCAUUUUCAUAUACAAAUAAGUUAUCACAAUGGGAACGGGAUCUCAGUUAUUCCUCAAAUUCAAUUGCCACUCCUGAAUUAGACGACUUCUUUGACAAAUAUUCAAAAAAGCAAUAUUUGUCGGAAGAGCUGAAAUGGAAAAAUGACACCCCGAGAGUAGCUGAUUCAAUUUGUUCCGAAAAUUCCUAUAACUGUUUCAAUGAAAGCAGUCCAUUAGAGAGCCUUUCUAUUGGGACAUUUGCAGCGUCAAAGUCUACACAGGAAGAAAAGAAAAAAUAUAUUCUAACUUCACUUUUACGUGAUUUUAAGCAGAAUACAUCUUUGAAAACUAUUGGUGGUUGCUCACGUCGCCAUGAAAAUAUUCCAAAACGGUUAAUUAAACCGAUCAAAAAUAGCAUUUCAAAAUCAGCAACUGGGGAAGGAAAUUGUUUCGUUGGUAAGUAUAUAUUAACGUAAU